AAGAAACUUUUGUUAGAUAACGGUUUAAAAGUCCCCGAUUUACCAAAACCUUUGUUUGAUUACCCAAAGUACAUGCAAGGCUUUGAUUUCUUCCAUUUUUCUGAAACAGUUGAGAAAUGGGUUGAAGGAAAUUAUUGGUCGAUGCCUCCUUUUCUUAUUAGAAACAUGAAAUUCAUUGAACAACUCAUUGGCAAUAUGCUCUUUAGUCGAUCUAUUGGAUUGCAAACCUUUAGAUAUUACCGGGGAUUUAGAAAUAUAAUUGACUAUCAAUACUUUACGGAUAUUAAAUUAUAUACGGGAUUUGCUCAUUCUCUUCGCCACAAUAAAGAUUUC